AUGGUUCUUCGCUCCAUUUGUUCAGUCCUUCUAUUGUGCUUUCUGCUUUUAACAAGUGACCAUGGCAAUGCCGCGAAGGAUUUGAAAGAAAAACACGACUCCACCACUACUUCUCACAAAAAUUGUGAUGAAGCAGAGGAAAAGACUUCUUCUCCAUCAUCUUACAUUGCACGCCUUGAAAGCAAAUAUAAACCAGGUUAUAUCGUGGAUGAAGAUGAGGGAAAGAGUUCUUUUCCGUCGUCUUAUAUGGCACGCCUGGAAAGUAAAUACAAACCUGGUUAUGUGGUGGAUGAAGCUGAUGAGCAAAAGGGUUCUUCUCCUUUAUCUCACAUCGCAGACCUUGAAAGAAAAUAUCAACCUGAUUAUGGGGUGGUUGAAGAUGGCGAAAAAAGUUCUUCUCCCUCAUCUUACAUUGUACGCCUUGAAAGCAAAUAUAAACAGGGUUAUGUCGUGGAUGAAACUGAGGAAAAUAGUUCGUCUUUCAUCGCAGGGCUCGAGAGCAAACAUAAACCUGGUUAUGUAGUUGAGGAAAGGAGUUCUUUCCCGUCAUCUUACGCCAUUGCACGCCUCGAAAGCAAAUAUAGACCCGGUUAUGUGGUGGAUGAAGCUGAGGAAAAGGAUUCAUCUCCUUCUUCUUACAUUGCACGCCUUGAAACCAAAUAUCAGCCUGGUUAUGGUGCUUAUGGAGUGAUUGAAGCUGACGAGGAAAAAACUUCUUCUCCAUCGUCUUACAUUGCACGGGUUGAAAGUAAGUAUAAACCCGGUUAUGUAGUAGAUGAAGCUGAGGAAAAGAAUUCAUCUCCUUCUUACAUUGCACGUCUUGAAAGCAAAUAUCAGCCUGGUUAUGGCGCUUAUGGAGUGACUGAAGCUGACGAGAAAAAAACUUCUUCUCCAUCGUCUUACAUUGCACGGGUUGAAAGUAAGUAUAAACCCGGUUAUGUAGUAGAUGAAGCUGAGGAAAAGAAUUCAUCUCCUUCUUCUUACAUUGCACGUCUUGAAAGCAAAUAUCAGCCCGGUUAUGGUGCUUAUGGAGUGAUUGAAGCUGAUGAGAAAAAGGCUUCUUCUCCAUCGUCUUACAUUGCACAUGUAGAAAGUAAGUAUAAACCCGGUUAUGCAGUCGAUGAAGAUGUGAAUGGAGUUGAAGAAAAGAAAUCUCCUCAACCAUCUUCCAAAACAAUGAAGCAUGAUCAUAACAUGGAAAAUCAUGGGCAUGAUGACAUUGGAAGCGAAGAUGUAGGCGUGUUCACCGUAGAUGAUGUACUUUCUUUCUACGCAGGGAGGGAAUUGAGCACCUUCUUUUCCAUCAGGAACCAUUCUCUUUACCCUGGUUUCUUGCCUAGAGAAGUAGCUGAUUCCAUCCCUUUUUCAUCAUCAGAAAGCCUCAAAAUUCUCCAAUUCUUUUCAGUUUCUCCUGACUCACCAAAAGGCAAAACCGUCAAAGAUACACUUAGAAGAUGUGAAAUUGAAGCUGCCAAAGGGGAGAUCAAAAUCUGUGCUACCUCUUCAGAAUCCAUGCUUGAAUUUUUGAGAAAUGCUUUUGCACCCGAGGCUGAUUUCAAGUUUAUAACCACAACCCACCCAACGAUGACAACCCCUAUAUUGCAGAGUUACACAGUUUUGGAACCUCCUCGAGAGAUUAAAUCUCCAAAGACAGUGGCAUGUCAUCCCUUUCCGUACCUUUAUUCAAUCUACAUGUGCCAUUUUGAUGCCACUGAGACCAAGGUUUUCAAAGUCCCACUCGUUGGUGACAAUGGAGAUAAAGUGGAUGCUCUCAUUGUUUGCCAUAUGGAUACUUCAGCUUGGAGCCCUAAACAUGUGGCAUUUAGCUUGCUUGGAACCAAUCCUGGAAUCCCUGUUUGCCAUGCUUUUUCUGAAGGUCAUGGUGUUUGGAUUCAGACCUCACCUACUGCUGCUAUGUAA